AUGACCCCAGUGCGGGUCAAAGUGUUGGUGUGUGUUUUGUCUUGUUUUGCAGGACGGCGUUCGAGUGUGUGACGUCAUGAUUGUGAGGACUUACACCUGUGUGGAUGCUGGCGCCAGCGGAUAAAAGCAGUUCCCUUUUGAAUGACGUCGCUCGCUCCCCUCGCUUCCUGUGCCGUCUUAGUUCCUGUUUAGUUGUUUGCUUUACCAUUAAUCCCUGUUUUAUUAUUUACUUUAAUAAAUGUAAUUCAUUCUUUCACCCUUACCUCACGCGUUGUCUCCUUCUUUGUCACGGUUUGCGAGCCGACCGUGACAAAUGGGGGCUCGUCGAACAUUUUUUGAUAUGAUUUGAAAGCGUUUUUGGCGUUCUUUUGUAAGGAAGUUCGGCGUGUCGAUUACCCGGAUGUGAAAACGAAAGAGCGAUUGGUUGUAUAACGCUAUUUGUUGUUGGUGCAUCGUAUGGAAGGAAUGCGCGUUGGGGUUUGUUUGUUUGUUUAAUAAGAAAGGAUGUUGCAUCGCGGUGUUUGUGGUCACGCUGUUGUUUUCACGCGGACUUUAGAAGGUCCUGAUGAGAGCGGCAGAAGUUUUCCAGAUGUGUUUACUGCAUGUGCUGUGACUCGCUCAAUGACCUCUGCACAACCAAAGUUGUCAUCUGAUUCUGUUGUGGUAAAACCGACAUUUACCUUGCCUGAUGACUUUUCUGUUUCUAUUCCAGAAUUGGUACAGGAGCAGCAACUUGAUAUUUCUCUUCAGAAACUUUUUGAUGGGGUGAUGUCGUCUGAUGACAUUAGACAUGUUGCUCAUGGUUACUUUUUACAGGAUGGAAUGUUGGUGAGGAAAUGGGUUCCACAUGGAAAUGAUUUUGCUGGAGAUCCUAUUGUACAAAUAGUUGUACCUGAAAAAUAUCGCUCUCUGGUGUUGGAAAUUGCUCAUGACAAACUUGCAGGUCAUUUGGGGGUUAAAAAGACCUAUGACAGAAUCCUUCAUCAUUUUUUCUGGCCAAAAUUGAAGAAGGAUGUGUCAAAGUAUAUCAAGACAUGUCAUACUUGUCAAUUGACAGGCAAGCCUAAUCAAAAAGUAAAACCUGCUCCAUUGUUUCCCAUUCCAGUGGUUAGUCAACCUUUUGAGCAUUUAGUUGUUGAUUGUGUCGGCCCAUUGCCGAGGUCAAAAUCAGGUAGUAUAUAUUUGUUGACUGUUAUGUGUGCAUCAACUCGCUACCCUUCUGCUUAUCCUCUUCGUACCAUUACUGCUAAGUCUGUAGUAAAGGCCCUGACCCAGUUUAUUUCUAUUUUUGGCAUUCCAAAGAUUUUACAAAGUGAUCAAGGUUCUAACUUUACCUCUCACCUAUUUUCUCAGGUUUUGAAGUUGCUGCGCAUUAGGCACAACAAGGCUAGUGCUUAUCACCCACAAAGUCAAGGGGUGUUGGAACGUUUCCAUCAGUCGUUGAAAUCGUUGCUGCGUGCCUACUGUACAGAGAUGAAGGGCGAUUGGGAGGAGGGAUUGCCUUGGUUGCUAUUGUCUGCACGUGAGGUAUGUCAAGAGAGCACAGGAUUUAGUCCCAAUGAGUUGGUGUUCGGCCAUACUGUUCGUGGGCCAUUAGCUGUGUUGGGUGAUAGUUGGACGGAGGGCACACCACCUCAGAAUUUGUUAACUUAUGUUAAUGGUUUUAAGCGUCGGCUGUAUGAGGCAGGUGAGAUGGCCAAGAAACAUUUAAAGUGUUCACAGACCCGCAUGAAGUCCCUGUAUGAUAGACGUUCAGAGAAACGUCAGUUUAUGCCAGGUGACCAAGUUUUGGCGUUAUUACCUGUGGAGGGCUCACUGUUUCAGGCUCAGUAUUCUGGUCCAUUUGUAGUGGUGAAACAAGUCUCUGAUUUAAAUUAUCUGGUUGCCACUCCAGAUAGAAGGAAGUCAACACAGCUGUGCCACAUUAAUCUAUUAAAACCAUAUUAUUCCCGUUCUUGUCCAGAUUACAAUUUCAAGACUGAAGUAAAAUCAGUCUUAGUAGCUGAAAGUACUUUGCCUGUUCUUUUGGAGAAAAUCGAUGAGGGGGUUUCUUUUCCAGAGGAUACAGUACUGCUGGGGCGUCUUAAAAACUCAGAGACUCUUAAAAAUUUGCAUGUCAUGUUGGCCCAUUUGCCAGAAUGUAAACGUGCUGACAUAGUUGCUCUUAUUGGUCGCCAUGUCUCUUUGUUUGGGGAUGUACCUUCACGUACGCACUGGUUGGAGCAUGAUAUUGAUGUUGGGAAUGCUGAGCCCAUUCGCCAACAUUUUUAUCGGGUGUCUCCAAAUAAACUCGUACAUCUUAAAAGUGAGGUUAAGUAUAUGCUGGAUAAUAAUAUUGCACAGCCAUCUUUUUCUAGUUGGGCCUCUCCUUGCUUACUUGUGAAUAAACCUGAUGGCACUUAUCGGUUUUGCACUGAUUACCGGAAGAUAAAUAGUGUAACUAAACCAGACUCUUUUCCGCUUCCUCGUAUUGAGGACUGUGUUGAUCAGGUUGGGUCGGCCAAGUUUGUAAGUAAGUUCGAUCUACUAAAGGGCUAUUGGCAGGUCCCUUUGUCCCAGAGAGCGAAAGAAAUUUCUGCUUUUAUUACAUCUGAUGGACUAUAUUCUUAUAACGUAAUGAGUUUUGGCCUUAGAAAUGCGCCUGCGACCUUUCAACGUUUGAUGAAUAGGGUUAUUUCUGGGUUGGAGGGAGUUGCAGUCUAUCUGGAUGAUGUGGUGGUUUUCAGUGACUCUUGGGAAAAGCACUUGGUGGGUAUAGCAGAUCUAUUGUCACGUUUUGAAGAGGCUGGAUUGACCGUUAAUUUGGCUAAGUGUGAGUUUGCCAAAGCCACGGUGACUUACUUGGGCAAAGUUGUUGGACAGGGCUUUGUGCGUCCAGUUCGCGCAAAGGUUGAGGCUAUUGACGGGUUCCCUUCUCCUACUACCAAGAAGGAAUUGAUGCGGUUCUUGGGUUUAGUGGGUUAUUAUCGGGGGUUUUGUAGAAACUUUUCCACUGUGGUAGCCCCACUUACUGAUCUGUUAAAAGCUAAAGUAGCUUUUGUCUGGACCUCCGCCUGUCAGGAAGCUUUUGAUGCCGCCAAAUCAUUACUUACCACCUCUCCUGUGUUAGCGGCUCCCUGUUUUGAUCGUCCCUUUAGGUUGUGUGUGGAUGCUAGCAACGUGGGUGCGGGAGCUGUCUUGUUGCAAGCUGACGAUUCUGGAUUUCAUCGUCCGGUCAGUUACUUCUCAAAGAAGUUUUCAUCAUAUCAGCUAAACUAUUCUGUUGUGGAGAAGGAAGCAUUGGCCUUGAUUUGGGCCCUACAGCAUUUUGAAGUGUAUGUGGGAUCAGUGUCCGACCCAUUGGUUGUAUAUACCGACCACAACCCGCUUGUUUAUUUGCAUUCUUUGCGUUGUCCAAACCAGCGUUUGACUCGUUGGUGCCUUUUCCUCCAGUCCUAUGCCCUUGAGAUCAGACACAUUAAGGGUGUUGAUAAUGUGGUGGCUGACGCCCUUUCUAGGAUUCCUUACUCCUCUUAACUGUUAAAUUUCUGAACUUGUUUUAUUCUUUUUAACUCUCUUAAAUUGCUUCUACAGGGCCCGUAGUUGCUGGGAGUAAUGGGAGUAUUACUGAGUCAUGGUGGUUCUACAGGAAGAGGUGUUUCUAAUUUUGGAUUGUGUGUCUUGUAUAGACACCCUUUCUUAUGGAGGAGGGUGUUAUGACCCCAGUGCGGGUCAAAGUGUUGGUGUGUGUUUUGUCUUGUUUUGCAGGACGGCGUUCGAGUGUGUGACGUCAUGAUUGUGAGGACUUACACCUGUGUGGAUGCUGGCGCCAGCGGAUAAAAGCAGUUCCCUUUUGAAUGACGUCGCUCGCUCCCCUCGCUUCCUGUGCCGUCUUAGUUCCUGUUUAGUUGUUUGCUUUACCAUUUAUCCCUGUUUUAUUAUUUACUUUAAUAAAUGUAAUUCAUUCUUUCAUCCUUACCUCACGCGUUGUCUCCU